UCCCCUUCCCCCGCGAUGGGGCCCGGGCUCCUGCUGCGAGGGGCCGCCGCUCUGUGCGCCCGGGGGCUCCGCGCCGCAGCGGCCGGGAGGCUCUGCCCGCUGCUGCCCCGGCCGCCCGCCCGGCUCCUCCGCGCUGGGGGCUCCUGGCGGCUCCGCGCCGCGCUGGGGCCCCCGGGCCAGGGGAAGCCGCCCCGGAGCGUGGGGCGCGGGAGGGGGGCGGCGGCGGCGGCGCACCGCGAGGAGGAGGAGGAGGAGGAGGAGGAGGGUGAUGAAGAGGAGCUGGAGGAGCUGCUGGCCCCAGGGCCGCCUCCCGGAGCCCAGCGGCUGCUCGUGGUGCAUCCGGCCGUCAAGUGGGGAGCGAAAAAGCCCCAGCUCACCACAGCUGAAUUACAGAUCGCUGAAGCUGUUGCUCUAAUAAACACCCUUCAUAAUUGGACGGUUUUAGAUAAAAUAAUUAUGUCUACAAAAACUCCUGACAAGAAGUUUAUUUUUGGCAAAGGAAAUUUUCAGAUUCUGACAGAAAAGAUUAAAGGAUUACCACACAUAACGGCUGUCUUCUUGAAUAUAGAAAGGCUAUCUCCACUGACAAAGAAAGAACUGGAAGAUGCUUGGGGAGUGACGGUUUUUGACAGAUAUACAGUUGUCCUUCAUAUUUUUCGUUGCAAUGCUCAGACUAAGGAGGCAAAACUUCAGAUCGCAUUGGCUGAAAUCCCACUUCUCAGAACAAAUCUGAAAAAUGGGAUGUCUCAGUUAGAUCAGCAAAGAGGUGGAUCAAGAUACAUCAUGGGGUCAGGUGAGACUUUCAUGGAAAUGCAGUAUCGUCUCUUGAAAGAAAAAGAAUUUAAAAUUAGGAAUGCCCUGGAAAAGCUGAGAAGAAAGAGGUCUGUACUCAGAACUCAACGUAGAAGGCGUGAGUUUCCAGUUAUCUCAGUAAUGGGCUACACUAAUUGUGGGAAAACCACUUUGAUCAAGGCAUUGACUGGAGAUGAAGGACUGCAGCCUCAAGAUCGACUGUUUGCCACUCUUGAUAUUACAGCUCAUGCUGGCUAUCUACCCUCACACCUGGCAGUUAUUUAUGUUGACACUAUAGGGUUUCUCUCUGAAUUGCCUCAUGAUCUCAUUGAGUCCUUUUCAGCCACAUUAGAAGAUGUGGCUUACUCAGAUUUAAUAGUUCAUGUGAGGGAUAUUAGUCAUCCAGAAACUGUCCUCCAGAAAGCAAGUGUUUUGUCUGUUCUGAAGAAUCUUAAUCUUCCAAGCCAUUUACUGGAUUCAGUUGUAGAAGUUCAUAACAAAGUGGAUUUGAUAGAACGGUAUCAGUCCCCUGAAACAAAUGCUAUAGCUGUUUCUGCUCUUCUUGGAUAUGGAUUAGAAGAACUGAAAGGGGAGAUUGAGAGAACAGUUUUGAAAAUAACUGGGAAAAAUAUUCUGACAAUUAAAGUAAAUUUAGCUGGACCUCAACUAAGUUGGCUGUAUAAAGAAGCAACAGUUCAGGAAGUGGAUGUUAUGCCUGAAGAUGGCACAGCCAACGUGAAGGUGAUCAUAAGUAAUUCUGCUUUGGGCAAAUACAAAAAACUUUUCCCACAAUAACAAGUUAUUUAUUCUGUGCAAUAGUCUUUGGAAAAAGAACUAAUCAGCUGGCAGUAAGGCUUUUUGAAAUUAAGGUAAUAAUCUCUGUGUUCAUAUACAGUAGAGAUUGUGUCAAUCCUGCCCACUUAAGUUUUUUGGAAACCUGACAUGAGCUGAAGCUGGAGCUAUGUGCAGUAGUAUAAGUGCUUCCUAAAUGCCUCUUCAUGGAAAUACUACAGUCCUCCAGCCUCUUUCCAUUGACAAACACAUACCAAGGAAAGCACUAAUUUCAAACUAUGAAACAUUCAUCGGUACAUAUUGGAACUGCACACAACAACUGCUCUAAACUCUGGCCCUGGAGGUUUUCUGAACCACCGUGUGGUAACCAAAUUCAAUUUCAGCACAUUGCCAAGUUUAUUAAAUCAUAUAUGCUAAUUUUUAUGUAACAGGUUUAAGAAUAAAUAUUGUUUAUUA